UGCUGCACCCACCAGGGGAUGAAGCUGGUCGUCAUGGCAGCAGUGCUGGCAAUGGUGGAGGUGGGGCAGGGAUCCUGCUCCAGGUGUCAUUUGAAAGACGUCAGCAUCUGCGUGGAGCGCUGCGGCAUCACCGAGUUAAUCCACACCACCAUAUGUGAAGGAUGGUGCUACCAGGAGGAUUCCAUAUUCAUGAACCAUGGUAACCAGCCUCAACAGAACAUCUGCAACGGAGACUGGACCUACGAGGAGAAGUUCAUCGAGGGCUGUCCAGAGAGCUUCAUCUACCCUGUGGCGACAAACUGCGGCUGCACCACAUGUAACACAGGAAACACAUUCUGUGGCCGCCCACCCACAAUCUUACCGAGCUGCUAA